UCUCCAGAGAGUCAGCAGGAGCUCAAGCAGCAGCACUCCAGCAUCAUGAAGCCCACAUCUGUGCUCUUUUCUCGGCAUCAGCAGCACUUCUUCAGCUCGAUGAAGCCCGUAUUUCUGCUCUUCUGUCUGCUGUGUGUGAUGGAGAAGCGCGCGGACGCGUGCUCGUGCGGGAUCUCGCACCCGCAGGACGCGUACUGCCACUCCGACAUCGUGAUCAGGGCUAAAGUGGUGGGCAAGAAGCUGCUGGAUGACGGUCCAUUUGGGACGCUGCGAUACACAGUCAAACAGAUGAAGAUGUACAAAGGCUUUGAGAAGAUCCAGCACGUGCAGUACGUCUACACACACGACUCAGAGAGUAUGUGCGGAGUCAAGUUCGACAUCAACAAAUACCAGUACCUGAUCACAGGGCGUGUUCAUGACGGACGCCUCUACACAGGUCUGUGUAACUUUAAUCGCCGCUGGGAGCAUCUCUCACUGGCGCAGAAGAAGGGCAUCAACCACCGCUAUCAGCUCGGCUGCAGCUGCAGGAUCAAGCCGUGCCACACGCUGCCGUGUUUCGUGACAUCUAAGAGUGAGUGUCUGUGGACGGAUAUGCUCUCUCAUUUCGGCUACCCGGGCUACCAGUCGCGCCACUACGCCUGCAUCCAGCAGAAAGAGGGCUACUGCAGCUGGUACAGAGGGAUGAGCGGACGCGACAAGAUCACCAUCAACACCACUGACCCCUGAUCACACACACACACACACCGGCAGUAAUCCGUCCAGUCCUGCUUCUACAACAUCCCUGUGUUUUACCUGCCAGAUUGAUCUAUUUAUGAGCGUCUGCGUUCAGAUUCUGGACACGUUCUGUCCUUCUUGCCGUUUAUGAUAUAUAAGCUAUCAAAUGGUGAUUUUUAGUAUUUUUUUAUUACUUUAUUAAAAGAAACUGUAGAUGUAUAUCAUCAUCUUUGUAUCAACAACUGUGCUGAUGGAGAAAGAGAAGAGAGAUCUUAAAAAAUAAACACACACAAGAACAUUUCUAUCAGACUUUACAGAAUAAAAGUCACGUAUGGUCACAGUUUUAGAUCAUUUGUCAGAUAAAACAGUGCUAUAUUUAAUGUUUAUAAACGUGCAUCAAAUUAUUUAUAUUGAAAAUUAAUACAUUUAAGGUAAAAAUACAUUUAAGUUAACUACACGAGCUAUUUCAACUUAAAGGGGCAGUUCACUCAAAACUGAAAAUGUACUCAUUUACUCACUCAAGUGUUUAGAAACUUAUGGGUUUGUUUCUUAUUUUAUAUUUAUAUUUUAACAAGAUAUUCUGAAAUAUAUUCUGCCUUUUUAUAUAAUAAUACUGUGGAAGUCAAUGGCUCCUUUUUUUGGGGGGUGUACUGUCCCUUUAAAUCAAUUAAACUGACUUAAAACAUCCAGUUUAAAUUGUUUACUUUAUUUUAGCCUAAAUAUCCCUUUAAUAUAAAACAUAACUUAUUGAUCAUAUUAUUUAUUUACAGUGUAAUAAACUGCAUUUAUUCUAAACAUCAAGCCUUAAAAUGAAACUUUAACUAGGAUUUUGGCUAUAAGUGCAUUCAGAUUUGGCGUGGUGACUUUUAUUCUGUAAAGUGUGGUGGAUGUACAGAUCCUGGCGGUACUGAAUAUGAAUCAAACACAUAAAGGUGCAUCGAUAUUGAACAGCUAGAGUAAUCUUCUGUACCACUAAACUUGUGUUCAUUUCGUCAGAUUUUCUGCUCCAUUCCUCUGUCAGAGGCUGAGAUGUGAUCUAGCGGCUGGAGACUAGUUAACUGAGGAGUAGUUAACUGAGGACUAGUCAACAGAACACUAGUCAACUGGAGACUAGUUACCUUUAACUGAGGACUAGCCAACACACCACUAGUUAACUGGAGUUAACUAAUGUUCUGUUGACUAGUCCUCAGUUGACUAACUGGUUACCUUUAACUGAGGACUAGUCAACAGAACAUUAGUUAACUGAGCGCUAGUCAACAGAAGAGUUACCUUUAACUGAGGACUAGUCAACUGGAGACUAGUUGCCUUUAACUAAGGACUAGUCAACAAAAGACUAGUCAACUGAAGACUAGUUACCUUUAACUGAGGACUAGUCAACACUACACCAGUUAACUGGAGACUGGUUACCUUUAACUGAGGACAAGUCAACACUAGUAAACACUAGUUAACUGAGCACUAGUCAACAGAAGAGUUACCUUUAACUGAGGAAUAGUCAACUGAAGACUAGUUAAUGAGGACUAGUCAACAGAAGACUAAUCAACUGGAGACUAGUUGCCUUUAACUGAGGACAAAAGACUAGUCAACUGAAGACCUUUAACUGAGGACUAGAUAACAGAAGACUGGUUAACUAAGGACUAGUCAACUGAAGACUAGUUACUUUUAACUGAGGACUAGUCAUCAGAAGAUGAGUUAACUGAGGACUAGUCAACAGAAGAUGAGUUUACUGAGGACUAGUCAACAGAAGACUAAUCAACUGGAGACUAGUUGCCUUUAACUGAGGACAAAA